CUUACUUCAAACAGGCCUUCCAUCCAAAUACAUUUCAUCCAUUGUCACCCCUUGCAUUCAUAUGGCUCUUUCCUUUCCUCUUUCUUCUACUGUUCCGACCCCAGAACAUAGAAUACCGGAGGUGGUCCGCCACACUGCGGUGUAUCACCCUAGCGUCUGGGGUGAUUACUUCCUGAAGUAUUCAGAAGACACUAAGAAGGUGGAUGCAUGGGCUAAAAGGGUUGAAGAGCUGAAGGAAGAAGUGAAAAGGAUAAUGAGCGAGGCAAAGGGGUCAGUGCAAGAAUUGCAACUGAUCGAUGAUCUCCAACGCCUUGAAGUGGCGUAUCACUUUGAAAAGGAGAUAGACGAGGCGUUACACCGUAUAUGUGGUGUAUAUGCUACUGUUGAUUAUGAUGAUCUGCAUGCCGUUGCUCUAAGAUUUCGAUUGCUAAGACAGGAAGGUUAUAAUGUGUCAUCUGAUGUAUUUACUAAGUUCAAAGACGAUCAGGGCCACUUCAAGGCCAGCUUAACCAGCGACGUGAAGGGCAUGUUAAGCUUAUACGAAGCAGCUUAUCUUAGCACACAUGGAGAAGACAUCCUAGAUGAAGCCAUUGUUUUCACUACUGGGCACCUUAAGUCCCUCAUGGCCCACCUUGAUCAUCCUCUUGCAACACAAGUGCACCAUGCGCUCGAGCUACCGCUGCGCAAACGCAUACAGAGGUUGGAAGCAAGGUACUACAUUUCAGUUUAUGAUGAUGAUGUGGCACCGAGGGAUGUGUUGCUCGAGCUCGCGAAGUUGGAUUUCAAUGUGGUACAGUCAUUGCACCGAAAAGAGAUUAAGGAAAUCUCAAGGUGGUGGAAGGACAUCGACGUAGCCAGAAAGCUGCCGUAUGCGAGAGAUCGGAUAGUGGAGGUCUACUUUUGGACACUCUCGGUGUAUUUCGAACCACAGUACUCUCGAGGUAGAAUUGUAAUGACCAAAAUGAUAGGUCUCUUCUCGAUAAUGGAUGACACCUACGAUGCGUAUGGUACAUUAGAGGAGCUAGAACCAUUCACUGAAGCAAUUGAAAGGUGGGAUGCAGAAGCCAUGGAUCAGAUGCCGGAGUUCAUGAAAGUGUGUUUCCAGGCACUUCUAGAAACCGUACUCAAAAUAGAGGGCCUGCUGACUCAAGAAGAAAGAUCCUACCGAAUCCCAUACUUAAAAGAAGUGGUGAAAGAAUUGGCAAGAGCCUACCUUGUUGAGGCCCAGUGGUUCAACAGUGGAUACGUGCCCACGUUAAAGGAGUAUUUGCGCAUUGCAUUACUUACCAGCGGCUAUCCUGCGCUUACCUUAGUUUCUUUCGUUGGUAUGGGAGAAAUAGCUACAAAGGAGGCUUUUGAGUGGACCAGGAAUGAACCAAAACUCAUCAGAGCCGCCUCUUUCAUUAGCCGAAUUGUGGAUGACAUACAGUCGGGCAAGUUCGAGCAAACGAGAGGGCAUGUCGCUUCGGCUGUGCAAUGCUACAUGAAUGAGAAUGGUGCAUCAGAGCAGGAAGCUCGUGACAAGUUCCGUGAAAUGAUUACAAUGGCAUGGAAAGACAUCAACCAAGAAUGCCUUAGGCCGACGUCUAUCCCAAUGCCUCUCCUCAUGCGAGUUAUCAAUCUGACAAACGUGAUAGAAACCUUAUACAUGCAUGAAGAUGGAUACACUAAUUCUAGUGGUGCAACAAAAGUUAAAAUCACCACAGUGCUAAUAAAACCCAUAUCCGUUUGAGAAAUGCAAUCUACUCGUUAUCUUGUUAUGUUAUUUCCAGAGAUGUUAUGUUGUCCUGUACGAGUAAGAGCAUGUGAUUUUAUAUCAUUGUGCAAUUAAUUGGACAAUCCCUUUCUAUAGA